AUGUCUGAGAUCUCCAAUAUCGACGCAACUACCAGAUUCGACGAAAUGGACCUCGACUCGGACCUCACCGACCUAUCCGAUAUCGAACAAACUGUGUUGCCCAGCCUGCUUACCGCCUCCAUUCCUGUUGCACCACUGGUCCCAAACGCGAACCACCCUGCCAAGCCUCCUGGCAGGAGGCCCUUGAAGAAGAAGGGUGGUAGUAAAACCCAAACGAAGCCGAAGCCGCGUUCGCACUUUAUCCCACCUCACCUAAUCCCUGACGUCGCCGCGCAUGAAUUUCCCAGCGUCUAUCGCCGACGAGCCCAAGUCGCCGAGUACCUUCACCGCAUAUUCAAGAAAGCGACCAUCAUUCCCGUUGAUUUUGACCUCGCCGUGGCCUACUUUCUCCAACAAACCGAUCACCUCAAGCUCGGUGAUAUCCGAGCUUCGGUUGAGAAGAUCACUGCCGACUACUCAAUUCUUGAUCCAUUGACUGGUCGACAGGAGAGCCUCCGACAUUGCACCCAGUACAUCAACCAGGUCAUAGCUGAUUACGAUGCUCAUCCAAAUUUGCCACUGCCUUUCGCCCUCCGCUACCCGAACCUGGCUGCUCUUAAUCAACUGGCAAUCGACCGCACCAAGGACCCACAAAUUGUUGCUUCAACGCUCAGUGGCACGGAAAGGGGACGACUUGCCUUGGCAGGCGCAGCGAUCGUGAACGAUACACCUGUGUUUGCAGGUCCCAUGACCCUCGCAACAUCACUCCGAACGACCCACGACCCCACAGCGACUCCUCCUGUUUUUUCUAGCCCCUUCGAAGUUUCUUCGACCGCCAGUUCGCGCCUAAGCGGGGCGAAGUCCGUCUACAACGAGGUCCCUGGUGUUACCACGGGUGUUCUAUCUUCCCAGGUGGUUGGCUAUGGUAGAUACUCGGACUUUUCCACAGGCAUGUCAGACACUCAGAUGGCCCUGGGCCGCGCUCGGCAGGGUCAUCCUGAGUCUGAUUGGGCCUCCAAAGAGGUCUCCCAGUUCAACCUCGCCGCGAUGAUACAGAUGGGCAAGGAGCACUCUUUCCAACGCGAUGCAGAAGACCGUAUCGAAUCCGAGCUGAUUUGGCACAAUGAACAAGCUCGCCUCAUCAUCAAGGCAUUUCAACCCAAUUCUUACACCGCCGCCACCAAUUCCCUCCAAGUUCUCAUUAAUAGUGGCACCCCUGGCGUCUCCAAAUCGAUCAGGGGCCUCAUUAACCCCAUUGGCCUGGGCAAGUAUUUGGUUCAAUGGCAUGUUAUGUUUAAUAUGCAAGUCGACCACCAUCGAGAUGGCCACAAUGCGACUUUAUUCGCUUCGGCAAACUUCUUUGGCCAACAUUACGCUGGAGGCGAGCUAAUCUUGAAUUACCUAGGCUACGCUGUUUGUGGGGCCCCAGGAUAUUCAGUCCAUGGGGCCUUUGACAUCCUGAUGCAUGGUGUCAGCAAAAUCACCUGCCUUCCGAACAAAAACAAUGAGCCUGCACAGCGCAUCUGCAUGGCCAUCUAUAGUCAUGCAGAUGUCUUUGCAGGCGCAGCGCGCUUUUCAGGGAUGAAUCAAUCACCCAAAGUGUUCAGCGACAGCCGCCUUUGGAUUCCAUUCUAUCCAGGUGGGUUUGCCUUGGCCAGUUGUAUUCAAUCCUUCUUUGAUGAGCAAAAGCGCUUGUACGCAAAAUAUCUGGCAGAGCGGCGCGCUCGCUGGCAGAGCGGCGCGCUCGCUGCCUCUUCUUGUGCAAGCACCUCGACCUCUUUGUAG